AGUCUCCUGUUAUCCUGUAACUGCUAAACGUGCCCCUCGAUAUGCCAUAUCAACAUCGUAUGCAUAAUCUAGAGGGUGUGACCAAGUUGAACGACAAACAAUUUUCAUACUUUGCUCAGUCUUCGGAAUGUGAAGUUCCUGCAGGACAUUUAUGUCGACACCGUUAUUGCAUUCAGCAAUAAAAAAGCACAAACUCAUCAAAAAGAAAAGAAACAACAAAUCUACACAAAGAAAAUCACGCAUACACCAAAAAUGCAAAAGGACUUUUGUUAAUUGAACAUAGCAGUGCUACAACAACAACAAAUAACGUCGGCGUUUUUGCAUUUUUUUUUACGUUUACGUUUUUUCCCGUUGGCUGCUGCGCCGCCUUCUGGCAAACAAAAAAAACCCAAUUUAAUUUUCAAAAUGUGCGACAAUUUGAUGUCAAGAGUUUAGAACUCUGCCCCGAGAGCACGACGCGACGCGACGCACGACGACGACGACGCCGACGUCGACGUUGUUGACGAGGCAACCGCAACGCACUCCACUCCGUCACCGUCACCCGCCGUCAUCACCAACGCCAACGCCAUCGUCAUCAUUCAUCCAGCUGCUGCAAUCUGCAUCUCUUCAAUUUGCUUAAGGAGCAGGAAGUGAAUCAAGCCAAUUUAAUAAACUAUUAAUCGUCGACUUCCAAAGUCCCGAGUCCAGGAUGGGCGACUAUCAUGAGUUUACGGAUCAGUACAAGGUGCCGGUGAUCGCCAAGUUGCUGCACGCUUUGCCACACUACAACAUCACGUUCCACAAGAUCAACAGCACGUUUCGGCCCAACGAUGAGAUUUAUCUGGAGAGUCUUGGCAUCCUGGGAUCGGUGCCGGCAGCGUUGCUGAUCGUCUCGCUGUUGGGACUGCUCUUCUACUUGAUGACACGCUGCUGCGAUCGGAAGCCGCGACCAGCGCACUCGAUCACUAGCUUGAAGGUGGCGCUGUCCAUUGUGACGGUGAUGUGCUGUGCGGCAAUUGGGCUAGGACUCUAUGGCAACGAUGAUCUGCACAAUGGACUGCUCGAGGUGCUGACCGCCGGCCGGAAAGUGGACACGAUGGUCACAACCAUACGCAAUCAGACGCUGAUACUGGAGAAUACGCUAACGAAUCGCAUCCGGCCGCAAUUGGUCGAGUUGGCGGACAUCUUUGAUCAGCCGGUAUCGAAUCAAACGGCGCUCUCCAAGCUCUUUGUCUCGCUCAACAUUGUUCAAGGGAAUGUGACGCUGGCCACCAAUGCGGCCAACGAUAUACGACGACCCUUGAGCGGCAUCUCCAUGACGCACUUUCUCACUCGUGGCGAUCAAUGGGAACUCAUACGAUGGCCGGGCACGGUGGCCACGUUGGCGUUGCUGCUCGUCCUGUGCGCCGUGCUGCUGGUGGGCGUGGCACGGCAUUCCCGAUGCGCCCUCAUAUUGUUUAGCGUUUGCGGUCUGCUAGCUGUCACCGGCUCCUGGCUGAUGUCCGGCCUGUAUCUCUCGUCGUCGGUGGCUGUCGGUGAUUUGUGCAUUAGUCCCGCUGAUUUUCUCGUCUCCACCGCACCGCGUGAUCUGCCCACCAAUGUGCUGUUGCACUACACCCAAUGCGAGCCCGGACACACGAAUCCGUUCACCCAGCGACUGCGUGAAUCGCAGAAUUCGCUGAACAACGCACGCAGCGCCAUGGCCACCGUGAUGAAGAUCUCGCUGGUGCUCUUCAAGAGCUCAGGCCUGCAACCGAAGUUGGGGGCCGUCAAUGCGGAUUUGAAUAGCAGCGAACGCUUGCUCACACAGCUGACGGCGCUCGUCGAUUGCAAGGCGGUGCAUCAGAACUUUUUGGCCGCCGCACGCGGACUCUGCGAGGGCGGUCUGCUGGGGCUGGUGUUGAUGCUGAUAGCCAGCUUCAUAGCGGCCAUAUUGCUGACGAUAAUGGUGUGGGUCGAUUCGCAUACCUGGAUCUAUAUACGCAAACGGAAUGACUAUGCGCAGGUGGAUGAGCCAUCGUAUAUAUCGCAUCCGGCGCCACAGAAUCAUCAGCAGAUGAUGAAUGCGGCACGCACAUUGCCGCGCAAUCAUAACGGGCACUUCAGUCCGCCGGUGAUCAGUGGCUCCCACACGCUGCAGCAUCCGAAUAAGCGACAGCAGCACGAGAUGAUGGCCCACGCUCACAUCCAGCAGAAUAUGCGGGCAAUGGGCACCCACACAUUGGGUCGACUGCCUUCGCAUAAUCACAGCCCCACCCACAUGACUGGUCCCAAUAACGCCGCCGCCGUCGCCGCCGCCGCCGCAGCCGCUUCAUCCUCCGCUCCGCCGACGACACAGGCCCAGGUGGCCCAGGCCCACGCUCACGCCCAGCAGCAGCAGGCACAACAACAGCAACAACUGGGACCGCAGCCCAUCUACUGCCAUCAUCCGCAUCAGCAUCCACACGCCCAUCCCCAUGCCCAUCCCCACUCGCAUUCGGCCGCCGUUGCCGCCGCAACACUGCAGCAUCAGCACGCCAUCUACCAUCAGCAGCAGGCGCAAGCGCAGGCCCAGGCGCAGGCACAACAAUAUGGCACAUAUACGACGGCAGCGGCGGCACAUCAUGCCCAGCAGCAUCAUUUGCCGCCGCCGGGUCAAAGCCAAAUCUAUCAGCAGAUACCGGCGCAUCUUGCCGGUCAGCUGGCGCCCAAUGGCAAUCCGCAUUCGAUUUAUCAGCCGCUUGUGGCGGUUAGCCAGGGUUCCAUUUACGUUUCAAACUUGGCGACAAUGCGACGCCAGAAUAGCCAGGGCGGACCACAAAUACCUGCACACCAUCAUCCGGGCGCGUUGCAAACGCAACCGCCACCCAAUCCUCACCAGCAGCAGCAGCCAAAUCCUCAUUCCCACCAGCAGCAGCAGCAGCAACAACAACAGCAGCAGCAACCGCCUCCGCCAUCGCAGCAACAACAGCAUCCACAUGCGCAUCAGCUAAAGUCACCCCAACAGCAACAACAGCAGCAGCAGCAUCAACAGCAGCUGCCGCCGGAAACGGAAGUGGUGCCCAUUAGCACAGCCAUGGACACGGCCAUCUAUGAUCGCGACAAGCAGAUCUACAAGUGCUCGACGCUGAGGCAGGGCGGUAAAUUUGACCCGAAAUAUAAGCCAUCGAUAUUGAAUUGCCCGCUGCCCGAAAUACCCAAGGAUGCGGAGCAACCGAAGGUCGAAUCCAUCUAUCAGCAGCAGCAGCAGCAUCAUCAUCAUCAACAGCAGCAGCAACAGGGCCAGAACUACUCCAAAACCUUGCAACGGCCACCGAUGAAGUUGCCACCACAAAUGAAGGCGAUUCCACCACCACGCAUUGGCACGCCCACCUCACCACCGCCGCCCGCAGCGGCACAGCAGCCCCAACACGCUACACAGACGGUGUCCGGCGAUGCUGGACAGCAGAAUGGUGGCAACGAGGACACAUCACUGCCGCCGCCACCGCUGGAGGCGCAACAGACGCAUCAGGCUGUCGAUGCCGCCAAGGCACGCUCACAGCCAGCCAAUGGCAAACCUGGCAAUGGCCUCGCGCUGCACAAUGGUGGCGCAGCGAAUGCAGCGGGCGUUGGAGGCGCAAAUAGCGCUGGGGUCAUGGAUGAUGAUGAUGAUCUGCCGCCGCCGCCGCCAGCGAUAACCGAUGAGAGCAACUAUGCGGUCACUGAGCUGUAAGCACAAAGAUAGAGGCAGAGAAAGCGAGAGCGAGAGAGAGAGAACCAUUUACCUUAUACUAUAUGUGGGAGGAGUGUGUGUUCCUUGGUUCUUCAAUUGCAUCCUGAAAUCAUCCCUUCCUCACCCCUUACCCGAUCUCCCAUACGAUUAGGUCUAGCCAAAGCAAACAUACUCGACUUGCGACUUUUGUAUAUAAACACACCAAUACUUGCAUACCUAUUGUACACACACACACACACACAGUCAGAGACAGAUGGGUGCGGUUGCCACAAUUUGUAAAUGUACCAAAACUAGUUAACUUAUUUAUUAGAAUUACUGUUAACGCUUUCCUCACUUCCACUAGACUGUAUCAAAUGGAGAGAUUGCAUUUUGAACUUUACACUUUUACGAAAAUGGUGCAUUUGUGAAAGUAGUACAUUUGUGUAAAAUGGUACAUUUGUGAAAAUAGUACAUUUAUGUAAAAUGGUACAUUAGUGUAAUCGGUACAUUUGUGUAAAAUGAUACAUUAAUGUAAAAUGGUACAUUAGUGUAAACGGUACAUUUAUGAAAAAAAGUACUUUUUUGUAAACGAUAAAUUUGUGUAAAAUGCAUUUUUAUUAGAAGGCACACUUUUACAACAAAUGGUACAUUUAUACAAAAUGGUACAUUUUUACGAUAAAUGUAAAUAUGUUUAAAAUGGUAUAAUUUUUACGAAAAUUACACAUUUGGUAGACAUUUACAAUAAUGGGACAUUUGCUCAGAAUGGUACAUUUAUACCAAAUGUAACUCUUUUUACAUGAUAAUGCAUUUUAUUACAAUUGCAUUCAUUCCCUGUUCGUAACAAAGUACAUGUUUCAGAAACAUUGUACCAACUAAUUUUAGUACUUUGCUAAGUUAUACAUUUUUUAUGUGAAAUAACAAAGCUACUUUAGCCAGUAAUUUGAUAGAAGUUUCUUAUAUAUAGAAUGUAUAAAGCAGCUGAGAGUUGGCACUCAAUUUUAACGAUGCUGUAAUUGUUUUUUAAUAUAGUACAAACUGUUUGUCCCCACUUGCUACAUUUGCAACGAAACGUGUACAAUUAUUUUGAUACGAUAAAUAAGUUUGCUAGGCUUUUAUUCGAAAUUAGUCAUUUUUUUUUUACACAACAAUUGUACAAAACUGUAUUGCAUGUUUGGUACACUUGUACAUAACCUGAAAGCAGCUCACUUCAGACUCUGAAGUUCAGAGUGUAUUAUAUACAUAUAUGUACAUGCUUUUUUACGACAGUUUUUUAUACCAAGUAUUUGCCCACCAUUAUACGAAAGCAUUUGUAAAGAAACUGAAAUUCCUUUUCCAUUAAUUGUGUCCUUUUUCAAGAUUAUAAGGUGGCAACCCUACACACACACACAGACACUAACAUUGAUAUACGGCAUAUACAGAAUGAAACAAAUAUUUACAUAGUACGAAAACGCUCUUUUUGAUAAUAGCCAUUUUUUUAUGAUCGCAAAAUUUGAUGGUAAUACUUUUUAGCUGACCGAACGAAGAACAAGUAACAUAAUAAUAAUAAUGAUAAUGAUAAUUAACGGACAACAUAUUUGUAUUAUAUAGCGUUAUAUAGAUAUAUACAAUACAUACAUAGCACAUAUACAUAUGCAUACAUAGAUAUACAUAUAUUAUCGGGAGUGUGUAGAAAGAGCAAGCAGCAUAUACAUAUAUAUAGUACGUUCUAUAUCGUAUUAACCCAAGACUUUAAACCGCGCCCCCUGGCCCACCAUCCGCUCAACAGCAAGCGCGUUAUAUACAUACACAUACACACACACACACACAUUCGAACAUACAUAUAUAUAUACAAAUACAUAGAUUAGCUAACGGAGGAAGGGGCAACGAGGGUAGUAUGAGCACUUUUUGGGCACUUGUCGAUUGUCAAUUUUUUUUCUGAAUAAAAAGAAAAUAUAUCUACAACAAAAAAUUAAAAAUCAAGCACGGCAAUUGAGCGAGAGAAAGAGAGAGAGCGAGGGACGGAGACAGAGAGUGUGUAGGACGCGAGUGUGCACCCAAGAUAGAGCGAGAUAGAGUAGAAAGGGUGUAGGACUUGUCGGUAUUUUGGGUUGUGCGCCAGGUGAGAUCAAUGCAUGCCAAGCACACAUACAUCUCAACUGUGUGUGUAUGUAUGUCUGUAUGCGUGUGUUUGUGUGUGUGAGAGUGGGAGUGGAAGUGGUAUGUGUGUGUGUGCGUGUGUGUGUGUUUGCUCGCCUGGCACCGUCAGCGGUUAGAGUUCAGUUCUGACCUUGCGAUUUUAUUGUACUUAACCGUAAACAUAAGCUUAACAAGAAAUGCAUUUAUUACGAAUUAAAUUAAAUUACAAACAAACAAAGCAAAAACCUAAAAAAAAUACUUAGCACCAUCGAGAGUGCAGACAUAUAUAUACAAGACAUAUACAACAUACAUAUAUAUAUAUAUACACACACACAUAUAUAUAUAUAUAUAUACAUAUAUGUAUAUAUACUAACUAUAUAGAGUAUAUAUGUUUGUAGCUAUACAACUAACUGUAUAUUUAAUAGCAGUAGCUAAACCAAAACUCAAGCGUAGCAUAAAACAACAACACUCCCCAAAAACUUCCCAUACUCCCCUCCCACCCCCAGGACUUUUCUCUCUCCUUUUCAGCGAGAGGAGAGAGAGAGAGCGAAAUAUGAGAGCGUGUGUGUGUAAACAGAAUAGCAAUAUUAAGGAAAUAAAAGUACUGCCCCCGCAAUCGGCUGAGCCGAAGCGAGCCCCCGAAUGAAACCAAAGCGAGACAGCAAAUUGACAAACUACAAAGUUAUAGUAUACAAACAAAAAACAAGUAUAAACAAUAUACAUAAAUAUAUAUACAUGUACUGCAUAUAUACUGAAUACAUAUAUAUAUACAUAAAUAUAAAUGGCCUGCAGAUAAACGGAUAACUAGAGCGAAAUGGUCGACAAAGCAGAACUUUAAGACAAUUAACGAUUUAACAAUUAUUUAGUUAGUUAGCGGAGUUGUUAGUGGAAUUUUAAAAGACCAGUGUGACCAGAGGCCAAUCAACUAAAACAGUCGCUCGCAACACUGCCCCAAAACAAAAACAAAAACAAAAACACAAAUAGACAAAAAGUUAGGCAGUCGUUACAGACAGAAAAAAAAGCUAACGAUUCAAUAGUAGACCUACUACGUGUACACUACUAUAUAAGGCACAUCGGAAUGAUCAAUUGUAUAUGUAUCUAUAUAUAUACAAACAUAAUAAUUAUAUACAUAAAUUGAUAACGAAAGCGAAACCGAAUCGAAACAAUUUCGAAAUAAUUUAUUCGAAUCAAAAAAAAAAAAAAAAGAAAAGAAAUAUAAGAAAAACGUACAUUUUUAAGUCAUUAAAAAAUAUAUGUAUAGAAUCUGUAAAGUAACUUCAAUGGAAAACGACCUAAUCAAGUUUUUUUAUUCGCUUAUAUACAAUUCAAAGAAAAAACAAAAAGAAAAAAUCUAACAAAAUACAUAAUGUUAUAAAUUAUUGAUAGAUAAGUGAGAAGUGAAAGAAGAGGGCAAGCAUCGAGCAUCAAUUUCCCCCUUUUUUUAAAAAAGAAACUUAAAUGAAAAUCGAACACUAGCAAAUAGCCACAGAGAUUCUAUGUAAUCUACCCCGACUAGGCCUUAAGAGCGUACGAGUUGAACUACUUACAGCAUUUCGAGGUUAGGUAUGGCAUGGAAUGGAACACGAAACAUGGCGCAGCAUGCAAUGGAAUGGAAUCACAGCAGUCACGAAGGAACGAAGCUAGUAUAUAUAUAUAUAUAUAUAUAUAUAUAUACAUAAAUACAUACAUAUACAUAUACUAUAACACAUUAGCUCGUAAAUAUAUUUCUGUGUUAAAUGUUGUCAUCGUACGCGUUGUAGUUAUUAAAGGGAAACCAAAAAACCACAUGCAAACCACAAAAGAAACCAUAAAACAUAAUUCGAAAGAAACUUUUAGGAGCUGAGUAAAGUCCCCGUUGGGGGGCGUGGCAAGAUCAAGUUGUACAACAUAUACAUACUACUUACUCAUAGUGUAUAUGGCAUAAUUACUUAGUUAAAGACAAUGUAAAGAAAGCAUCAACCGAACAAGAAACUUAGACAAAAACUAAAUCUGAACAAAAAAAAAAACCUUAAAAAACCCUUAAAAAUUAAACAAACAAAAAAAAACACAAAACCAAAAGUUCGAAAUUCUUGUAAGAAAAACAAAAAGUAAGAAAAAAAGAAAAGGUAUUUAAGUAUUCGGUUAUUCGCUUUGCCAAGUUGCGUAUUGUAAAGAUCGGUGGGAAUGCAAAUAGAUGAGUUCAGUUCGUGAACUCAUACGUACAUAUGUAUUGGUCUGGAUAAUGAUGGUAUUUUACGCGCAACAAAGUAGGAACUACAACAAACAAAACAAAAACAUAAAGUCAUUAAAAAAAAAAAAAACAAAAACAAAAUGAAAGGAAACCUAAAACGGCACAAAUCCCGACAAA